ACUUUUCAGUAAGAGUUAUAAGUACUUUGGAUCUUCAAAACUCUUUAAUUUAAAGACUCUAAGAACUGAUAUAUCCUGAAGAGGACGAUACAAGACCUUCCUUUUCCGACCUUCCUUUUCCGUGGACUACAAAACCUUAUUCAAAUGCUGAGAAAAGAAGCCACAAUGGUACACAACUAUGACAGUUACUACUAUCCAUGGUUGACUGACACAUUAUGUAAACAUGUACACAAAGGCAGACAGGCCAUGUCCACAUGUUUGUACACGAGACAAUUCACCACAAGUGGGCUUCCUACAGUCAUUCACACUGGAGGAAAUGAGAGGGAAGGCAAAUUUUGUCACGGUAUAUUUAAUUUAUGGUUGGUCCAUUUUCUUCUGUGCAUACAGAAGAGAUUUUGAAUAAUUUUCCAUCUGCAAGCUUGUAAAUUGGGAACAAAAGUUGUGCAAAACGGGAUUAUGAAAAAAAUAAUGGAGGAACUUUAUUCCCAGAGACAUGGAUUUAUAGUUGAAAGGCAAAGGUAUUCACUGUAGCAUUUUAGUGUAUUUUCACACAUUAGGAUUCUGGAAAAAGGUCAACAUGGCAUGGUGACCCCCACUGGUUGUGAUUGUUUGACCCCUUGACACGGGGGUUAUUUGCUGGGGAAAUGAUGGGAAAACAAGGCUGUGUGGUCAGCCACAGGAGACUAACCAUUCCUGGACUUCACACGUCUUAAUCACAGGCUCCUGACACACUGGGGAAAAUGCCCUCCACCGUGUUGUUUGUACUUCCUCCCAUCAACCUCAACAACAACAUCAUCCCUCAAGCUGACGUAACCAAGGAAACCGCAUCCAGCAUCCCCAGUACUCCUGCCGCCCUCGUCCCCAGGACUGACCCCAGGGUCACCUACACCAGCAAAGCCGUGUACCAGCUACCCAAGAGGUUUAUUGACGCCGUCAGGGUCGGGUACUCGCCCAAACCGAGAUCGUAUGCCGCUGCUGUGAUGACGUGUUUUGGCACGGCGACCAGGAAGACUUACCGGAGCGAGGUUGUGUGUGAGCCAAGGAAACUGAAGAAGUUUGCCUCUGCUCUGAUCGUGCACCCCAAGAGGCUGACUAAGACAUACAUUACUACUGUCAAACACACGGUACAGGAGGACUGAGAACACCUGUGCUUUUCACAAUGUCUUCAAAAAGACACUGGGAAAAGCAUGAGGGAAGACUACAUGUGUAUCAUUUGAUGAGGACAUCACCAUCUAAAAUUAAUUUCAAACUGUAAGUGUAACCUCUGCGUGAAGUUAUGCUUUCUUGGAGAGCUACAUGUAACAGUGUGUUUGCUGAAGUGACUGAUAAUGUGAUAUAACUAGAGAAGUCAUGGGAAGAGUUUCAGGAUUGUUGGUUUGUGGGCAGGUGUUGGACUAAGGAAAAGUGGUUGAAAUUUGAGAACAUUGUUGUGGAAGGUCCUUAAGUAAGGAUUUAAAAGUAUUAUCAUGUUGUUAAUGAUAUUGGGAAUGGGAAUGUUUGUGCAUUUAAGGUUGUUGAAGAGGUAAUUAUUUUGAUAUAAAUGUACAUGGAGUGUUGGCUUGGGUGGAAAGAGAAAGUGUGUGUGUGUAGAAGAAAGAUUGUGCUGCUAUACAUGUAAUAGUACAUUGUAAUAUCUAUGUGUCUUCCAUGGCAACAAAGAAUCAUAGCAAAGCAUGUUCUAAAAAUCAAAUGACAAAGAACAGAUGAAAAGAGUCUCUACUGCCAACUGGUGGUAAGAAAAAGCUGUGAGAUUCCUGAAAUGAUUUGAGUUGGUACACAGCAUGUAAACGCUUGGCUCCAGAACAUGUGUACCACCAACUGGUAGAUCCAAACAACAGCUAGGUGACAUGUCAAUUUGCUUGUGUUCCACUUGGGAAAGGAAUGGAUGGAAUGUUGUGGCAACUGACAGUGAUUUCCGUCCUUAAACAAUUCCCUUCACUGUGAUUUCUGUCCAACUGUACCUGUACACAUGUUAGCAGUUAAGAAACAAGCGUUACGUGCUUGUGUAAUAUUUUAGCACUUAAGGAUAAUUGUAGAAUAAAAAAGUCAUAUGUAUGUGAUGGUUAAAAUCCUAAUCUGAGUUUCUGUCAACAGACACUUGGAUCAGGAUCUCUUCUAGUGGAAUCCCUGAUUGGAGUCUGUUAAUUGGCAGAGAUCCCAAUUGGAGUCUGUAAAAUUAAAAUAUUUGCUUACAGGAUAGUAAGAACUUUUCAUCUUUGAUUCAUGUCACUGUAGAUCAAUGGAUUGACUUAAAAUUUGUAAGUGGAAAAUGAGCCUAAAGCAUUAACAGUAUCCUGAUCAGGGAUCUCUACCACUACAGUACACAUAAUUGCUAAUAAUUAUUCUACCAGAUAGGAGUCUCCACCCUAUGAUACCAUAUAUAUCAUGGACAUGAGAUAAUAUGUCUUAGUAAUUUGUCUGUGAUGAUGAUGAUUUUUUUUCUGUAAUCUUAUGUGUGACUGCCUCAGUGAGAUACUACAAUGUACAUUAAAUGGUUUUCUGGUGCUCACUGUUGAGACUAUGUCUUUUCCGU